AGCCCCUUGAAUCCACUUUCAUAAGAUCCCUAGGCGAUUUCGUGGCCCAUUUUCUUCACUACUAUAUACUCAUAUCUUAACCAGCGGUAUUACUUUCGAUCCACUUCGCCAUCAGGUCGCUAACGCCCUAAAGCACAUGACAUCUCGUAUGCCUACCGCUAAGGCCAUCACCCACCGUUGGUAGGGAUAUCGGACACCCUUCUAAGAACAAGCGAGACAGAGAGAGUGUGAGAGGAGCAAAAGACAUGGAGGAAUUCAAUAGUGAGACUGAAAGCGACUACACAAGUUACUGGAGAGACUGGUUCAUUUCAUCACGAGGAAACGAAUACUUUUGUGAGAUCGACGAAGAGUACCUGACGGAUCGAUUUAACUUGACGGGCUUGAAUAACGAAGUUCAGUAUUAUCAAUAUGCCCUCGAUUUAGUGACGGAUGUUUUCGACCUCGACGCAGAUGAUGACCUGCGAGAGCAAAUCGAGAAAUCAGCUCGACAUCUCUAUGGACUCGUUCACGCCCGGUACAUUGUCACAACACGAGGGUUAGCCAAAAUGUUGGAAAAAUACAAGAAAGCUGAUUUUGGUAAAUGUCCGCGAGUCCUCUGCAACCAACAUCCCCUUCUCCCUAUGGGCCUAUCAGACCUACCAGGCGAGAAAUCGGUCUCCCUCUACUGCGCCAAAUGCGAAGAUAUAUAUAAUCCGAAAUCAUCCCGACACGCCUCUAUCGAUGGCGCGUACUUCGGCUCAUCAUUUCACAGCAUCCUCUUUCAAGUCUAUCCUGCAUUCCUCCCCGAAAAGUCCCUACGUCGAUACGACCCGCGAGUCUUUGGAUUCCGCGUUCACGCCAGUGCGGCGCUGUCAAGAUGGCAAAAUCGAAAACGAGAUGAGAUGAAGGUCCGACUACGGAAACACAAGUUGGAGAAUCCUUUUGUGGAAGAUAGGGAGUUUGAGGAAGAUGAGGACGAUAUCGCUAACUCGGGGAUUGGGGAGCUUGAUGGCAAGGUUCCCGCUGCCAUCGCUGAAGGGGGGAGGGCUGUUCUUGACAAGGGACGAAUGGAUAUUGGCGCUUGAUGUAAACGAAUGAGAGAUUGAUUGAUGGAUCAGCCAUUCUUAAUGGAGGCGUUUGGGAGAUUGAGGAAGGAUAUGACUUGGAGGGAUAAUCAAUGCAUUUCUAAUUUUAGAAGGGGUUCUUUUUUUCGUGUGAUUUCCGUUUUAAAUAAUAGGACUCCAGCUCUUUGCAAUAUCUCUCUACUUCUAGUUUUUGUUGAUUGAAUGGAAACCCUAAUACCAUGCCUCAGAAGCUUUGCAUUCAAGACUGAGAGCGGAGUGUUGAAAAGUGACUGGUUUUGACCCUGAUCAAGUUCAAACUCGGCAGUCAACGAGCUUGAUUGCACAAUAAUACCUUAUAGGUCAUUCACCACGGGCUGCAUGGGCAUGUACAUGAAUGUGCAUACAUUGGACCUCUUCAUUCCACUUCCUAUGAGACCGACACGGUCGAUCACUUCGAGAACCUGCUUCAGUAUAGUUGUGGCAGAAUUAUUGAUACUUGGUAUGAAAAUAGAACCCUCUAUAAUGGCACUAAGAUCAUUCAACAAG